GUGUGACAGCAAGAACUGAGAAUAAUAAACGAAAAGCUUUCAUGUAAAAAAAUAUUUAUUAUUAGUUUUUUAUUGUGACGUUCGAGGAAAAGCGAGUGUUAGUUUCUUUAUAAGACUUUUUGGAAAUGCACGCCGCACGCCGAGUGUUCAAAGUGCUUAUCUCACAUCCAGAGGUUCCUGUGCCAGCUUUAGAGUUACUGCGUCAGCAUGGCUGUGAAACUAUUAUAUGCCAGAGUGUACCGCCUUCCCGCACUGAAAUACUCCAAAAACUGCCGGGAGUCGAUGCUAUUCUCUGGGCUCAUUAUCAACCAUUGAAUGCUCAAAUUUUGGACGCUGCCGGUUCACAACUGAAAGCUGUCUCCACUAUGUCAUCGGGCAUCGAUUAUGUCGAUUUGGAUGAAUUUAAACGUCGUCAAAUGCCAUUGGGACACACGCCUGGCAUAGUCAAAAACGCGGUAGCGGAUUUGGCGAUAGGUUUAAUGAUAUCUGCUGGCCGCUUGUUUCACGCGGGCAGACGGGAAAUUGAUAAUUCACUCUGGCAAACAGAACGCAUAAAUUGGCUUAUGGGACAAGAGCUACGACAAUCUGUUGUAGGUUUACUGGGUUUCGGAGGUAUUGGGCAAGCCAUUGCCAAACGUCUGCAGAGUUGGGAUGUAUCGAAAAUUAUUUACAAUACUAGAACUCGUAAGGAUAACGAUUUCGAACUACAAGCGCAACAUGUUAGUUUUCAGAAUUUGCUCCAGGAAAGCGACUUUUUGGUUGUAGCCUGUCCACUUACAUCCGAAACUAAAGGCAUUUUUGAUGAGGAAGCUUUCUCGAAAAUGAAACCAAAUUGUGUUUUUGUAAAUGUUGGCAGAGGAGGCAUUGUGAAUCAAAACGCGUUGUUCAACGCACUCAAGUCUGGUCAAAUAUUUGCUGCUGGCUUAGAUGUUAUGACUCCGGAGCCAAUACCGGCGAAUGAUCCAUUAUUGCAGCUGCCGAAUUGUGUGGUUAUACCGCAUUUGGGCACACAAACUAUGCGAACAACUACGGAAAUGGCUAAAAUAGCAGCUAACAAUAUAUUGAACGCUUUAAAAGGCGAGUCUAUGAUAUCUCCAGCUUAUUGAACCAAAUUAAUAAAGCAAAAGACAUAAAUUUGUUCUAUUUUUUUU